AUGAAGUUGCUUGCUGCUCUCGUCCACGCCGCCGCCGCGUCUCAAGUCGAGGUGGUGUUUGACAGCCUCGCGCCCGUGGAUAAGUGGGCCAAGGGCUCCCCCAUCUCCAGUGGCCAAUCCGUGGCUGUUCAAUUCCCGUCACCAGGGCGUUGUGGCACCGCUGGAUUGACCCUUGAGUAUGUCAACUUUACCCUCGGCAGGCUCGACAUUCCCGACGACGGGUCGCUGUGGUUGCAAGCUGAAUUGUGCCCUUCCGCCAACGGUUUGCCCCACUGCACCAAUUCUGACCUCGAGCAUAUCCCCAUCGUAAAGAUCGCCAAACGUGUCACGUUCCAAGUGUUCCCACCGUCCCCUUUUGUUCUUGAACCCGCCACCACGUACUGGUUCACGGUGCACUCGAACGGAACCAAGAACAAAUCGCCUAUCUGGUUGGACGGCACCAAGAAGUUCUCGACCAAGAACGAUCCCUCGAAGGAAGUGCUCGUUGCGUACACCGAAGGCGACACAUGGGCCGUGGCAGUCCCCACCGAGGACCGCUUCGUGCCGUCGCUCCAAGUAUAUACUAGCUAA